AUGUUGAGCUCGAGCGACCAUGGGCCUGAUAAGCACCAACACCAACAUGCGCCAACAAGCGGGGCGGCACAACAUGGCGCGGCGAAUAGCGGCUCUGUGUCUCCGUUGCUUGACCGCCCACACCUUCAGCUGGACAGGGCGAUUGCGGCGUUGCUUGUUCGUGCUGGCUUUGACAGCACCAGCAACCAGUGGAGGGACCUGUUGCUAUUGCCCCAGAGGCCACCAAAUCAGUCAAUGCGCAGCACCUCUGCGCCUGGCGACCAGAUUGCCGGGGUGCAAGCACACGGUGGGGCACCUUCCGGCAUGCUAGGGCGUGCACACACGAGCCACAACGGCCAUGGUAGUCAAGCAAGCCUUGGUGCGCACGAGAAGGACACGUCCUCCUCAACUGACACAGUGGAUGGAAACGAACCACCGUGCAAGCGGCGAGCCACUGUGGACAAAGGCAACUUUUGCAGUCAACACCAGAUGGAUGAGACAGGCGACAACGACGAAGCAGAAGCAAAACCUGGUGGUGACGAUGGAGGGGCAGACGACGCUGCCAUGACUGCCCCUCAAGAGCCCGUGGCGGUGUUGCGAGCGAACCUCAUGCACCACAUCUUCGCGUGGGCAACCAAGGCGAAGAAGCACAGCGAGCUUUGUGGUCGAUAUCAGCCCAAUGUCAUGGACUGGGCUCAGGCAUUACAUGAGCACGGUAACCCAUUGCCACAGCGUGAAAGCGAAAUCCCUGCAAGAAGCGGCGAAUGA